CAUUUCUAUUCCAGAAGAGCUCCAUUAUUGUUAAUAUUUCAAUUUUUUAUUCUAGACCUUUCAUUUUAGGUUGCAACAUGUAAGUAUCCUUUUCUCAUUUUCUUUUAAAAUUUGUUCUUGUUCUUGGUGUCUUGGGAAGGAAGUCAAAAGAGCCAUCACAAGAAAAGGGUUAUUCAAAAAUCAGUUCGAGGUGAUAUGAUAGGAAUGCAGGGUUAGUUAGGAAUUGUUAGUUGUUAGGAAGUUAGUUAGACAGUUAUAAGGCAUGUUGCCUAUAAAUAAGAGAGGUUAGUGAACAUUAGGGGUUUCUUUGUAUUCAGUUAGGAAUUGGGUUUAGAGAGAGAAGUGGUUCUCUUUCUAGGGUUAGAGAGGGUGUUUGGUAUCCCUUUCUCUUGUAUCUUUCCCCUAGUUUCCAAUUGGGAAUUAGGGUUUACUAUCAAUAAAAAUCAGGUUUCUAUCAUUGGUAUCAGAGCACCAUCCUGGUGCCUGAACCACGACAAUCCUGGGCUGCGCAAGAGGAAAGGAGAAGAAUGGCAAGUUCAGAAGUUGUUCAGGAAAACCAAGAAUUGAGAGCGAGGAUGGAGUCAGUGGAGGCUAUCACCGGAAAGAACGAGUUCGUCCUAGCGGCGGUGGCGAAGAAAAUGGGGGUGCGACUUGUUGCAAAUCCUGAUCUUGAGAAAGAAAUCUCAAGAUUGGAGAACAAAUUGCGAGAACUUGAAGAGAGGAGAAAAUAGAGGGAACAAGAAAGGAGAGAAGCAGAGGCUGCGCAGAGAGAAUCGGAGGCUGCAAUCGAAGCGGAGCGAACAGCGGCAGCAGCGGCGUUGUUGAGAGGAACGAAGACGAUGGUGGAAGAAGAGAGAUACGCUACGGUGGGUGAGCAACCAUCAGAAGCAGAGGAAGAUUUGACUUCUGAGGAGACGCUGGAACCCAAUGUUGAAGCGGCGGAGGAAGAUCGAGUAGCGGCGGAGGCACUGCGAAAGGAAUCGAAGUUCGCUUCAGAUGUGGAGAAAAACCUAACUUUUGCGAUGAAGGGCUUCAAUCUUGCAUCAGAGGUAGCAAUGCCGCAAUUGGAGAUGAAGAGUGGCAAGAUCCUGCAUGUCCAAAAUGGUGAUGUGUUGGGCACGAUGUUACAAGUUGCUGCGGAGGCCACGUUGACGGAAACCACCAUGCAGCCACCAUGGAAGCGACCACACACAUUUCUUGGUGGGCCGGAGAAGACAAAACGUUCGCCGGUGAAACCGCCAAACACGCUUGUUUGCAUGCCGGAGAUGGUAAAUCGUCCACCGGCGAAACUGCCUAAUAUUGGGGCUUUGUGGGCGUCGACGUCGGUGGAGUUUAUCGUCGCAAGUCGUGCACCAAUGGGGAAGAGAGAUGACAGAUUGAAGAUGAGUCUUCUCCAAUGUCGCAAGGAGGAUCUGCCUCCAUCAUUGGAUCCGUCAGAGCACAGUACUCCUGCAAAGUUCGCUACUUCGCAAACGGCAAGAGAGGUGUCGACGAGAGCAAUUCCACAAGCGAAGGAGAUGAAGGCAGCAAACAUGCAGGUACAGUUUCUGCCACUAAUUUCAUCGAAAUCAACUAUUUGUGUGGUGAUCAAAGGGAAAGUCGAAGAUAAGAGACAAGCUAAACUGAUCACUGUAACCAUGCGUGAGUGGUACUGUUUCUGGAAUGAUCUCAAAACAGAGACGAGGCCAGCAAGGAUUGGGUCUGAGUUGAACAUUUUUUCUAAGCGAAUGGGACAAUCCCAAAACACUAAAAGGGGGGAUUGGGCAUUACAACAGAAUAGUGGAGUCAAAUUAAUAGAUUGGGCCAACUUAUCAGCUUUUGGGUCAAAACCCAAUCUGCCCAUGUACUUGAAGCAGGGAACCAGAACUCAUUUCAAAGAGUUACAGAGAACUAUGCUGUUGACUACAAGUGUAGGCAUUGAAGAGGAUGGGAUUGCUGUGUCAAAAUUAUACUUCAGCUUUGAUUGUGAGUUGCAACACAGUUUUGGCCAUCUUGGUACUGGACAGGAGCAAGACAGUAUUUUGGGGUUAUUAAUUGAUCCGGGUGGACACAAUAUGAGGAUGGGGGAGGAAGUCGAAGAACAGUGGGGGCUAAGAACAAGUAUUUAAGUGAUUUGUUCUAUAUUGUCAUUCUGUGGAGUAUAGUAUAUUGGGUAAACUUGAGUUCUUGGUCCAAAGAGUUGAUAAUGAGGUUUAUAAACCUUGUAGUUAUUUCCCUGCUGAGUUCAAGUAUCAACUAUUCAGCAAUCUAGGGAACCAUGAUGAUGAGUCAAUUUUCACAGCCACCAUGGCAAGGAAUUGGGGAGAUUAUGCUAUUUGUAUCCAAGACAUGGUUAAAGUAAUGACAGUGACUAAAAUGAAGGAUAGGAACAAGCAAUCUUCCAAUAUCAUAUUGCUCCUUUGCCACCUUGAUCACACUAGAGUACCUUUGAUAAUUUGGCAUUCAUUUGAUCCCUAUAUUCCGGUUUUCACUACUGUUGAGGGUACUUGAAUUUGAUAAAAUAUUACUUGUAUUUCAUUGAUUAAUACUUGACUAUAGACUAACAAAGAGAUAAAAACAAACUAAAUAUAUCUAAACCUAUCUCUAAUUAAAUAGAUAUCAUCUCUAUUUAAAUAGAUACUAAUCUAAAAUAGAUAAACAAAUCUUAACAAUAUCUCUAUGAGAUAAGACUAAUAAUAAACUAAAUCUUAAUAGAUAUUCAACACUCCCCCUCAAGCUAAAGCUUACUUAGCUUUAAGCUUGUAACAAAUCGAACCCAAGAAGAAAAUUAUCUUAAUAGAUAUCCCUUAAUAAUGACAGUCUUGGCAAAUCUCUGAAUUGAAUAACUUUUCAAACUUCUAGUAAAUCCAUGGCAGCAAAAGCCAACUUCUCAUACUUCAAAUUGAAUAAUCUUUUGAACUUCUGCUAAAUUCAUGGGCAGGCAAAAGACAACUUCUCAUACUUGAUCUGGCUGAAAUUGAUGCAAGACAAAAACCAAUUCUUCUGGAGUGUCGUAGGGUAGCUGAGCCAGCAAACAAGGGCGAAAAAAAACCAGCAACAAUACGCCCGAAAACAAAACAAGGCUGAAGCAACAACUCACCAACAACAACCACACAGAAACAAAACAUACUUGAGGUCGAUCGAUUGAUGGCUUCUAAGACAAACAAUGGUGUCAACUUUGACACAGACAACUCUCAAACAUUAGAGAGUGGGCCAGCGCAACUCGCAGCUGAAGCCCUAAACCAGAAAACCAAACAAUCGAGACGAAACAAACGAAGGUGACAUUGUCACCUUCAAAACCAAAUUGCAUAAAGUCAGCCAAGAGCGGUAUUAUAAGAGCAUCUCGAUCAAUGAGACGCAAACAACAACUCAAGUCUCAAAAUCCAAUGCGGAACCUGAGCGACAAAACAGAGUUAAAACUCUAAACCAAACCAAACCAAACUAAAACAAACUAAACCAAACCAAACCAAACCAAACCAAACCAAACUUGGCCAACAAUGAGAGAUGGCACGAGAAACGUCCAAACAGGGUCAAAAUAGCAAACCCACAAACCAAACAGGGAGAGGACGACCGGAUGAUCACAACUGUGACGACACAACACACGUCAAAACAGAGGAUCCUUAAAACCAAACCUGGCUGAUACACAAAGAGGACCAGCUAGAACAAAGCAGCGGAGAGAGCGGCGCGUGGACUUCACACGCAGAGAGAUGGGAGGCACGUGAGGGCGCGUGGCUUGAAAUCCGACGGUGGUGGCUGACCGUAGUCUCUAAUAACACUUCCCCUCAAGCUAUAGCAUAUAUGUCAUAUGCAUAGCUUGUAACAAAUAUAAUUAAAAUUUAACAAUAUCCAGAUCCUCCCCUCAAGCUAGAGCAUAUAUGUCAUAUGCAUAGCUUGUAACAAAUAUAAUUAACUUGAGAAGUUGCUGCUGCCGGAGAGAGAAUAGUCCAAAAUUUAUACACCAACAAACCACACAAUGCAAAACCAAUUCUCCACUUUAAUAGAGAGCAAAAAUCUUUUCCAACUCCAAAACCACACUGUGCCAUAAAAAAAACAAGAAACCAAAACAAGAAACUAGAGCCAACCAUGUUCUGAAUCUUGAGAUCCUUAAAUUUAGUGUUGAAACAAGUUUUUGAGUAAUACGAGCAUACUUCCUUGCUGCCA